AUGCUUCACUUUCUUUCGUUCUUUUUGCUUACGAGCCUCGUGUGUGCCUUCCCUAUUCCAAGGAUAAUCACCAGGUACCAUACUGCCAAUCCUAUCACCACCACAUCCACUUACAUCACCGGCACCACUACCAUCUGGUUGCCUCCAGUGGAGAUUUUCAUUUCCAAUGGAGUUACUUACACUUUUACUCAAACGACUGGUCAAUGGGCCACUACUGCAGUGACCACCACUUCGAUUUACAACGAUGCUGUGAACCCAGUUCUUCCUACAGAAACUCUGACCCAAGCUGUGACUACUCAAACUGCUCAACCUCAAGCCCAAUCUACUCAAGGUCAAGAUCAGCCUCAAUCUCAACCUCAAGCUACAACGCCUGCAACUACUCAAGGCAACGCACCAGUUUCUUCUCAGCCUGUUCAAUCUUCUCAACAACAACCUUCUGCUCAACCAUCACAAGUCCAGCCUUCUCAAUCUGCUCAACCUUCUCAAUCUGCUCAACCUGCUGCUCCUGCUUCAUCCCAGAUUUUUCCUCAGGACAGCACAACACCACUGGCCGCCUCACCAGCAGAAACCGCAGCCGUCUCCUCUGCCGCUAGCCCUCAAUCGCAAAACCAAGAAGUCCAGAGCUCUCAACAACCAGCACCACAACCAAGCUCUGGAAACAACCAAGCCUCUGCACCACAAAGCUCGGCAGUCUCUAGCCCCUCUAGCUCUGGUGUUUCUAGCUCUGGUAACGGAUCUGGUAGUUCCGGUUCCACUUCUACGGGCUCUUCUGGCACUGGCUCUGGUUCCAGCUCUUCUGGUUCUGACUCUGGUUCCUCUUCUGAAUCGAGCACCAGUCCCUCUGAUUCUGUUUCAUCUUCGGUGUCAUCUUCUGGUAUCUCUCCUCCAUCAACCAUUGUCUACUCUCCUUAUGCAAAUGACGGUUCUUGCAAGUCCUACGACACCAUCAAACUGGACUUAGAGCUUAUUCACAGCAAAAACAUCAAGAGCAUCAGGCUGUAUUCGACCGACUGUGGACACAUCUCCGCCGUGCUUCCUAUUGCCGCUUCUCUUGGCAUGAAAGUCAACCAAGGUUUUUGGAUCACCAGUGCCGGUGUUGACUCCAUUGAUGACAGUGUAAACGAUUUGAUCACUUACGGGAAACAGAAUGGAUGGGAUGUAUUUGACUUCAUCACAAUUGGUAACGAAGCUAUUCUUUCUGGUUUCUGUACUGUUCUGGACUUGAUUUCCAAAAUUUCGAGUGUUAAAUCCAGCUUGAAUGCUGCCGGCUACUCAGGAAAAGUCACUACUUCGGAACCACCUGCCACUUUUAUCUCAUCACCAAGUUUGUGCACGGAUUCCGAAAUUGACUUUGUUGGUAUCAACCCUCACUCAUACUUCAACACGAACUUGUAUGCCAAGGAUGCUGGCUCGUACAUUACUCAACAGAAAUCCCAAGUCGAGAAACUUUGUUCCAAACUGGCCUUCAUUACCGAAACCGGUUAUCCAUCGAAAGGUGACACCAACGGAAACAAUGUUCCUUCAGCUGAAAACCAGGCAGUUGCCAUCAAAUCCAUUAUUGAAUCUACCGGAGGAGAUGUGACCAUCUUGACCACUUUCGAAGACUUCUGGAAGUCGCCAGGUCCUUACGGUAUUGAACAGUAUUUUGGCUGCAUCAACCUCUUUUAA